AUGUCGGGUGUCCACCUGUCCGCGGAGGUGCUGCAACGCAUCUCUGACAAGAGGAAGGAAAAGGGCAAUCCGACCCUGACCAUUGAACAAGUGUCAAGGCAUAAUUCGAAACAUGAUUGUCUUAUUGUGGUCAAUGAGAUGGUCUUUGAUGUUUCUUCCUUUCUCCAUAAACAUCCAGGUGGAAUGUCAAUCAUCCUCAAUCAGGGGGGGAAGGACGUCUCACACAUUUUC